GCUUUAAUUCUGUUCAUGGCUUCAGCGUGUCGAAUUCAUUAUUCAAAAAAUAAUUUUACUAAGUAGUGCAAUAUUGGCAUUCUUAAACUAUGUUCGUAGACAUGAAGAUUGUCCUUACGUUUUCAUUUGGCUGGGUUAUUGCUUAUAUAUCUCUUUCAAAAGCUGAGACUCAAGAAAAAAUGAAAGAUGAUCGUAUCUUUAAAUUUACAAAUCUCUGGCAGCUUAAUGUAAAUUUGGUGGACCACUUAGAAAACUAUAUUAAAGCUCUAGAUACAAAAUUACAAAUAAUCAAUGAAGCUCUUAUCGACAUGGCAACGUAUCAUAUUCAGCACGAAUCAGAUAAUAUGAGUAUUGUCUCUAGUCCUGUGGGUAGUUUCUCGUUAAUUCGUCAUAUGCAGUCGGACUGGACUCAUUGGCAGCUUUUCCUGCAGGAGGAUCCAGGAAAAGACGAAAUGGAAUCCCUAAUUUCAAAAAAUUCGUAUUUACCCACUAAAGAAGACAUUUCAGAGGUCUGCAAGAACAUUUCCAGCAUAAUAAAAGCGUAUGAUUUACAUCCCCAGGACUUUGCAAGACGUUUUCUUUCAGGAGUUCAGCUCAACUCCAUGUUGUCUCCUCGCGAUUGCCUGCAGUUGGCAGAUCACAGCAUAACUAAUAAAGAUUUCAAUAUGUCUGUGCAGUGGCUACAGGUUGCUAUUUCCAUGCUGGAUAAUCAUAGCAAUCAAGAUCGAAUCCACCCGCUUUUUCAUUUAAAUACUGCUGAUUUAUACUUAAAACUAGCUGAAGUCUACGUGAAGCAAUCUUUGUGGCCUCUUGCACUUCAAACUUUAGAUACUGCUUUGAAGUCGCAGCCUUGGAAUGCAAAACUACUCACAAUGCAAGAGCAUUUGAGCUCUCAGAUUUUACUCGAUCCCCCAUCGUCUCCAGACUUAAGUAUUAGAUCCAACCAAUAUAAGUUGCAAGGAAACAGACGACUUUAUUGUUUUUAUCAACGCAAGAAAGAAUAUCCUUUUUUAUUGUUUGCCCCCUUCAAGGCAGAGAUUAUCUUCCUCAAACCAUUAAUUGUGCUAAGCCACUAA